UUUUAGAUUUUACUGUCUUGUAAUUGAUGACUAUGAAUUGGCGCCAACUGGGUCUUACUGGCGUGCCAGGUGUCGGUAAGACAACAUUGAUGCGAAAAAUAGCACAAUAUUUGGACGAAAAAGAACCUUCCGUUCGCUGGUGUGGCUUCUUGACAGAAGAACAAAAAGAUUGGCAAAGUAAACGCGGACGAACUGGAUUCGAAAUUGUCACUUUUCCAAAGGGCAAUAGAUACACCUUAGCUAGCUGUGAUGAGUCACGUGGGUCUACUAGAAAUGGGAAAUAUCCUAAGGUGGGAAAGUACUUUGUACAUGUGGAAUCAGUUGAUCAGUGUACUCGUGAGCUCAGAGAUGCCAUGAUCGAAAUCAAGCCUCAACUUCUAUUCAUUGAUGAAAUUGGGAAGAUGGAGCUGCUAAGCAAGGAUUUCAUUGAGUUUAUAUCAGCUGAAGUGCUCGAUAGAAAGAAAGCGACAGUUUUCACUAUCGCCCAGAAGUGCAAUCACAAACUGACAGAUGCAUUCAAAUCAAAUGAGGAUGUUCAAAUUGCUAUUGUUACUAAAGACAACAGAGACUCCAUUUUCCAAGAUCAAAUUAUACCUUUUCUGAAUCAGAAUUUUGGUGGUUGA